AUGUUCAUGUCCACCAAGCAGUUCUUCAGUCUGCCUGAGCUUAUGGCUCUUCUGGCCCCAUACUUGUCCCUACAUGAUGUUUCUCAGCUCAGGCAAACAAAUUACCUUCUCUACGAGACCUACACGCCACAACUCUACCGAUUCUUGCCCCUCCUGGAGGAGGAUCGCUUCGUGCAACUGUGGCACAACAGCAAGAACGCCCGAGCCCUGGUUCAAAACGCGUACCAUGUCCGACAACUGGAGGCCAAGGCUGCGUUUCUGGGCGUGCUCUAUCCCAGAAAUCGAGACGAGGCCAACGGAUCGGAUUGCUCAACUUCACAGCCAGAGACGAAACUUCCCACGAUUCAAUUCGUCCGGCUGACGCGUCUCCACUGCUCAAUGGACUACGAACGGACUUAUCCGCGAUCAUACCUCACGCAGGCCCAUCUUCCGCCGCUCUGGCUCGCGGCUGCAAAUCCAGCCUUGACGCAUCUCUGUAUCUCGGGUCUGAAUUUGAUGGACGAUGAUACGAUUCUCAGGGAUUUGAGGAGAACUCUGGGACAGCUUUCGCGGCUCACGCACCUUCGACUCACGACAGGGAGACAGCAUGACCGUACUACAUUACGGACCUUUUUUUCAGUCUUUUGCAGUCUUCCACCGGCGAUCGAAUGUUUGCAGUUCAAGUAUUCGAUGGUCCGAAUGGAGGGAAUGGAGGCUGCAUGGACUUUAAGGCAGGGGCCGCUGGAGAACUUGAAGGAACUGCAUAUGCCAACGUUUCAUCCUGGAUACGGAGCACAGCUCAUAUGUGCGGUUCUGGAGAUAUGCCCGGCCUUGGAACGAUGGGACGUACCGCAUUUGUCAGCAGCCGGGAUCGAUACUGUCGCAAGCACCCUACAGCGAUGUUGUCCAUUACUCCGGCAUUUAUCGGUUCAUGACUCAUGGGCACAGGAGAACAUUGUUAUGAUCAUGGAUACGAUGAGGCAGCAGUAUCUGAGGACAUGCAGUAUCAAGGACUACUUUGAAGGACCUGAUAAUAGGAUGACAGUUGCCUUGCAGAAACAUUCGACAGCGUUGACAAGGAUUCGGUUUUCAGGAACGCAGGUGUUCAGGAGCGACUCCAUUCAUGCGAUUCUGAGUACGUGCGACGCACUAGAACAUCUUGUAAUCACUGGAUUGCACCCAUGGAAGGUGGCUAUCUCGUUGGAGGAUGCAAUGACAUCACACUGGGUUUGCGAGCGGAUCCAACAUCUGAGCAUCGCUGUUAAAAUGGGCCACACCAGAAAGGACGAUGAAUAUGUGCGUGGAGGCACAGGAGACUUAUUGGAGGAGGAACAGUACUGGAAGGGCGUUGAGGCAUUUUAUACAAAGAUCGGAUGUUUGACCAACCUGAGAGUACUUGAUUUGAAGCUCGGCAUCAACGUUGAAGGCGACUAUGGGACUGUUCAGCGCUGGGCCUAUCGUUAUCAGGAUGUCUCUCUUCCUCGGCUCCUGGCCUUGGAGGAUUUGAAGGAGGGAAAACGAGGAUAUAUGUCUUGUCUGGCUGGGCUAAAGGAGUUAAGGGAGCUGCGAGGGUCGGUCUAUGCAAACACAAUAGAGGCAAAGGCAGCGCUGGGUCAGAGAGAGAUGGAGUGGAUUGUGCAGCACUGGCCCAAGAUCGAGCUGGUCGAGUUCAUGUCGCCGGGCCAUGAGAAGAAUGCUGAUCAGGAGAUACCAGAGCACCUGGAGUGGUUACAGCAGCAGCGACCACGCAUGCGGCUCAGCCUUCCGAAAGUCCAAUGA